AUGCUGGGCCUGCUCGCGCACCUCCACGCGGCGCUCGUGUUCCUCCCCAACAACGGCGGCCCGGGGGCGGUGUACGACGUGGUGCGCUACGGCGCCCGCCCCGACGGCAUGACGGACGCGACGCUGCCGUUCCUGCGCGCGUGGGCCGACGCGUGCCGCUCGCCGCGCCCGGCCACGGUGCUGGUGCCGCCGGGCGUGUUCCUGGUGGGGAGCGCCACGUUCAUGGGCCCGUGCGCCACCCCCGCCGUCACGUUCGCCGUGGCCGGCACGCUGCUCGCCCCCUCGGGCUACGGCUGGGACAGCGCCUCCCCGGGGCGGUGGCUCACGUUCGAGUCCGUGGAGGGCCUCGCCGUCUCCGGCGGCACCCUCGACGGCCGCGGCGCCCCCCUCUGGGCCUGCAAGCAGCAGCAGCCGCGCCUCCACUGCCCGUCCGGCGCCUCGUCGCUGACGAUCUCGAACUCGAGGGACGUGGUGGUGGACGGGCUGAGGUCGAUGAACAGCGAGCUGUUCCACGUGGUGGUGCUGCAGAGCAACGGCGUGACGCUGAACCGGGUGACGGUGGACGCGCCGGAGGACAGCCCCAACACUGACGGGAUACACAUCCACAUGUCCAGCCACGUCUCCGUGUACGACGCCAACAUCCGCACCGGCGACGACUGCGUCUCCGUCGGGCCCGGCAACUCCAACCUCUGGAUCGAGCGCGUCUCCUGCGGCCCAGGCCACGGCAUAAGCAUCGGGAGUUUGGGGCAUCAGCAAGGGCUGGACAUGGAGGACGUGCAGAACGUGACGGUGAAGACGACGUGGUUCACCGGCACCUCAAACGGGCUGAGGAUCAAAACCUGGGGGAGCUCCAAGCAGGGUUUCGUGAGGGGCGUCACCUUCGAGGACGCUACGAUGACCGGCGUCCACAACCCCAUCAUCAUCGACCAGAAUUACUGCCCCCAAAAAGUUGGGUGCAGCGACCGGAGCUCGAGCAUCAAGAUCAGCGAGGUGAAGUACGUGGACAUACGGGGGUGGUCGACGACGCCGGUGGCCGUGACCUUCAACUGCAGCAGGAGCCACCCGUGCAGCGGGAUCAGCAUGCAGGACGUGAAGCUGAUGUACGACAGGCGGGUCGCCAAGUCCUCCUGCCGGAACGUUCAGGGGAGGUCGGUGGGUCUCGUCCUGCCGCCAAGCUGCCUCUGACAACAUUGACGACGGCUACACUCAUGACGACGAGAUGCCACACACGUGUAACAUAACUGGCGCGGAAUGUAAUCGUAGUAUAGUGGAUAGUGACGUGGUGUGAUAAUUUACGAUUAUAUUUAUACUGUAAUUUGGUGCAUAAUGUUUUUUAGAAACGUUUCAAUUUGUGGGAUUUUUAUA